GCGAAAUAACCUCUUCCCAAAAGGCAUAUCCUGCGUAGGUGUAGCUUUAUUUUAUUGAACAUUUUGAGGAGUUUUGAAUAAAUGGCGGGUUACAAAAAAGGCGAAGAAAAAAGAGUAAAGAAAAAAAGGGCGAGAAAAAAGGGUAAAGAAUAAAAGGGCGAUAGAAAAAUAAAACGCCUGCAACCACUUUUAAAAAUUAAUUCCCUGUUCAGAUUCCACUUACAGUAUUCAAAUCCUCAAACCUUCAAUAAAAUAAAGCAACUGCUAUGCAGGCUACAAAAUGCAUAAAUAUUGUGAAAUUAAGCAUGAAAGGGAUAAAUGGCAAAGUUUGCACGAGUAUUUGAAAUUUUUAGUGCUGAUUGGGGUUGUUGGUGCUAUUUUACAGAUGACUGAAGAUCAAACAUCAAAAGUUUGCCUUGUCUCUUUUGGUACAAAUAAGCGAAAGAUCUCGUGGAAGACAAAUGUAAAUGAAUUAAGUGUACCAGACUAUGACAAUAUCAAUAGAGAAUUUAAGAAAGUGUUUGCUGACCUAGUUCCACUUGAAGAAAAUAUAGUAUUUCAGAAGUGGGAUCAGGAUUUUGAAGAUUGGGUGGACAUUAAUCCGCAUCAAUCAGUUGAAAACAUGUCAAAGCUGAAAGCUUUUUGUCAACAACAACAAGGCGGCGAGCUGGGUAAUAAGAAACCCGCUGAACAUGAAUUGGAAUGUGGUGAUGUGAUGAAGAAAACCGGUCAUGAGACUUCUCAUUUAUCUGCUCAGCGUACAAUUGGAAAAGAUGGUAAACUUGGACCACGUGUUUCUAUUCAAUCAGAGGAGGAGGAACGCACAAAGAAUGUAGUAAAAGUAGGUGUAAAUGUUGAUGAUUUAAAGGCAGAUAGUAAACUGUUUGGUCAAAAAUCUAAAAAUGAUGAUGAUCUUACUACAUGGCAAAAGAAGAUGAAUGAAAGUGCUUUAUUAUUAUGUAUGGAAAACCCAUCACUGACAUUAAAAAGAGGCGAGCUGCUUGAGAAGGCCAGAGAGAAAGUCGACAAUGACGGUUUUGUUUACAAGAAAGGAAAGUCACGAUCAAAGAAGUAUGGAGCUGCAUCAAUGGAAGAGAACAAGGCAAAAAGACCAAAGCUGGAAGCCAAUGAGAGAAGAACAUUGAUCGAAGAGACAAAAAUUUCAAUCAAUGAGCAAAAUGAGAAGCUAGCAAUGCUAGAACGAGAGAAGUGUAAGUUAGUUAACAUGAAGCAGUUUGGAUCAGCAUCAGUAAUCCUCGAUAGAAUCAGCUCUGCAAGAAAAGAGAAAGGUCAAUUGUCUAGAAAGCUUGGCGCUUUAGAGCAGAAAGAAGCUAAGUCAAUAAAAAGGAAGCUUGCAUUGACGGAAAGAGAAAAGGACACUGGGCAGAAAGGAAAUAAGAAGAUGCCCGGUUGUGAGAAUAAAGGAAAUUUGAUGGACAAAUAUCUGAAACCUCAAACAGCAGUUGAUAAUAAUGUUCAGGAGGAAAUACAAGUGGUGGAGGAAAACAACCAGAGUGUGCGGGAGAAGGAUCCAGUUAGUGAAGUGGGAAAAGAUAAUGAAACAAAUGAAUCAGACGAGAAAGACCUUUUUUUAGAAGACGCGGCACUGGCUUUUGAAACUGAAAAUGUACAUACGGACACAUAUUUGAAGUAUUUAAGAUAUGCACGUUCACCUUUAGGAAAAAAGGAAUUGUAUAAGAUAUCAAGUGGCGUUUAUAUUUCACAGUUAAAAGACUUAACCCUUGAUGAUUACAUAGCAUGCAGGCAGCAGUAUUGUACUAACUUUCAUAAUUUGAAAGGUGUUAUUUCAGCAUGCAGUCAGUGCCGCGGUCUUGUAAAUACAGCUAAAGAAAUUCAGCAAAAGGGAAUGAUCAAAGUCAGUGACACAUUUAAGAAACAUUUUGGUGAAGUAACAUAUUCAAGUGAGAAGGCAGUUCGCAGGUUCAUGGGCCUUCCAGUCGCUGUUUUUGAGUUGGGUAACGCAAGUAAUGGAACACAGGCGUUGUUUAUGAUAGAACAAUACCCAGGUAUUGACUAUAUCAAAUAUGUUGACUUAAUCAAGUCCGCUAGUAGUAGCACCGCAGGCACUACUUCUUUCCCCAUUAUUACAAAAGAGAAACUUGUAGCCCUGUGUGAAUUGGCAUCUUCUGAAAGGGAUCGAAAGCUUAUUAAGUAUGCGAUGUGUGCAGAUCUCUCUAAUAAGAAAGCGAAGAAGUAUGGAAUAUCUGAUUGGAACAGACAAAAAAAUGAAAUAGAAAGUGCCAUAAUCAGGGUUGAAGAAAUUAGAAAGCAAAUCAAUGAAUUAGCUUCCAUAGAAGAAGCAACUGUUCUUAGAAACUAUGGCAUCGUAAUUGAAAGUGAUGAUGAGAGUCUUGUAUCAACCGAAUCUGGGGAAACAUGUACUUGGCUUAGCGAGAAAGAAUUUGAAUCAGAAGAUGAUUCAGAAAGAGAUCAAGAUGGAAAAAUGGCAGAUGAUUGUAUAUCAGACUCACCCAUUAAUCCUAAUAGAGAGCGAAAUGAAAAUGUACCUCCUGAUCCACUGGAAUGUAGCGUUCCAUCAUUUGAGCAAAUAUAA